AUGUCGACGAGCUUCAACCUUCGUCUGCAGGCCAGAGAAGUGCUUAAGCUCCACGCUCAGUGUGAGCGCGAGGAGGAAUCUGAGAAGUCGAAGGUAAAAUAUGCUCUAGAAAAGGGUAACAUCGACGCUGCGCGAAUCCAUGCCGCGAAUUCGAUCCGCAAGCAUAACGAAGCACUGCGAUAUCUGCAGUACCAUGCCAAACUCGAGAUUCUGCGCCACCAGGUUGAAACGGCAGAGAGAUCGAACACGGUCUCCACCGAGCUGCGCAAGGCCCUGCCGCAGCUGACAAAAUUGACCAAUAACACCUCGAUGGACAGCGCCACUUUGUUCACAGAAUUCGAGAAGGUAUUCGAUGAUCUGGAAGUGAGGGAAGCGUACACCGACCAGACUAUCAGCUCAAGCACCGCCCAUUUGGCUCCGCAGCAUGACGUGGACACCUUGAUUAGCAAGGUCGCAGAUGAGCACGCACUGGACGUCGGCGGAAUGCUGGAGAGCGCCAACGCGAUCCGAGGGGCCGUGACAAGUCGGAGCGACGCCGACAGAAUUACUAAGUGA